CUACGCUGCAAAUAGUAGGUGUGGUCUAGAUAACAAAAUAACUUAUUAGGAUAUGAAUCCCUGUAUAUAAUCAUCUCCCCAUUACAUAAUCACUACACACUCUCUUUUUCUUUCUUUGUUCUUGUAAAGAAACAAGUCAUGGGCAAAAACUCGAGUAACGGGUAUGGAGACGAACCCGAGUUGAUGAAGAAGAUGAUCACAGGAACAGUAGUAUUAAUGAAGAAAAAUGUGCUUGAUGUUAAUGAUUUUGGUGCUUCCUUUCUUGAUCGUGUUUAUGAGCUCUUUGGCAAACGUGUCUCUAUUCAACUCAUAAGUUCUACUCAUUGUGAUCCGUCAAAUGGAGUGAAUGGGAAGAUUGGAAAAGAAGCGUAUAUCGAAGAUUGGGUGACGAAGAAGACACCCGUGGCUGCAGGGGAAGCGUCUUUCUCGGUGACAUUCGAGUGGGAAGAAUCAAUGGGAAUGCCUGGUGCAUUGAUGAUAAAGAACCAUCACCAUAGUCAGUUUUACCUCAAGACGGUAACAUUAGAGAAUGUUCCGGCGGGUCAUGGAGCCAUCCAUUUUGAUUGCAAUUCAUGGGUCUACCCGACUCAUCGUUACAACUACAACCGUAUCUUCUUCGCUAACAAGACAUAUUUACCUUCUACCACACCCGAACCACUGCGACAUUAUAGAGAGCAAGAACUCGUAAAUCUUAGAGGAACCGGUUCAGGAGAGCUCAAGGAAUGGGACAGGGUUUAUGACUAUGCUUACUAUAAUGAUUUGGGUCUCCCAGAUAAGGGUCAGGCCAAAGCCCGGCCUGUUCUUGGUGGAAACCCAAAGUAUCCAUAUCCAAGAAGAGGAAGAACUGGCCGAAAGCCAACCAAAAAAGAUCCAGAGAGCGAAAGCAGAUUGUGCCCUCUAAGUCUAGAUAUUUAUGUGCCACGUGAUGAACGUUUCACUCAUAUCAAGUUCUCCGAUUUCUUAGGUUAUGCAGCCAAAUCCAUAGGCCAAGUGGUUCGUCAUGAGAUUAAGGCCAUAUUUGAUAGGACUCCAAAUGAGUUUGAUUCGUUUAAUGAUGUGUUGAAGCUUUACCAAAGUAAGUUGAAUCUCCCAAAACAGAAAGUUGGCAAACUUAGAAAACAUUUUCAUUUGGAGCUGAUCAAAGAACUCUUACGUUCUGAUGGCGAGCGCCAUCUUAAAUUUCCAAAGCCGGAUGUUAUCAAUGAGAACAACACAGCUUGGCGAACAGAUGAAGAAUUUGGAAGAGAAAUGCUUGCCGGAGUUAACCCUGUGGUCAUUCGUCGACUUGAAGAGUUUCCACCAGCUAGCAAGCUAGAUCUGGCAAAAUAUGGCAACCAAACAAGCUCAAUGACAAAAGAAGACCUUGAACCAAACAUGAACGGACUCACAGUAGAACAAGCUUUGGACAGUAAAAAACUGUUCAUCCUGGAUCACCACGAUGCAUUGAUGCCGUAUUUAAAAAUAAUCAACACUACAGCUUCUAAGAUAUAUGCAACCCGAACAGUUCUCUUGCUACAAGAUGAUGGCACACUCAAGCCACUAGCUAUCGAGUUGAGCUUGCCAAAGACUGAGCCCAACAGCAAGGGUUGCACCAGCGAGGUCUAUACUCCUCCUUGUAUUUCUUGUGAGGAUGACGUUGAAGGCACCAUAUGGCAGUUAGCCAAAGCUUAUGUUGCAGUCAAUGACUCUGGAUAUCAUCAACUUAUUAGCCACUGGCUGAAUACUCAUGCAGUGAUAGAACCAUUUAUAAUUGCUACAAAUCGACAACUGAGUGUGCUUCAUCCGAUACACAAGCUACUAAAACCACAUUUUCGUGAUACAAUGAACAUAAAUGCUUUAGGUAGACAAAUCCUAAUCAAUGCUGGGGGUGUACUUGAGAUGACUGUGUUUCCAGCUGAAUACUCCAUGGAAUUGUCUGCUGUUAUUUAUAAGAAUUGGGUCUUUACCGAGCAGGCUCUGCCUGCUGAUCUAUUAAAGAGGGGUGUAGCUGUCAAGGAUGCAAGCCAACCCCAUGGGCUAAAACUGCUCAUAGAAGACUACCCAUAUGCAGUUGAUGGGCUAGAGAUUUGGUCAGCAAUCCAAACAUGGGUUAAUGACUAUUGUUGUGUAUAUUAUGACUCGGAUGAAACAGUUAAAGUCGAUUCUGAACUCCAAUCAUGGUGGAUGGAGUUAAGAACCGAGGGUCACGGUGACAAGAAAGACGAGCCAUGGUGGCCUCAAAUGCAAACACGAGCUGAGCUAAUUGAGUCAUGCACCACCAUCAUAUGGGUGGCAUCAGCUCUCCAUGCAGCAGUAAAUUUUGCUGUUAAGGACGUUUAUCUUAAGUCUCGCAAUACUCUAUUCAACACGAAACCUAACUUGAAACCUACAUCCAGCUUAGGAUUUUGA